AUCAUGAUGGCAAGCGUGUGCUGCCGAGUUGCGGCUCGACUCAAGUGCAGGUCUUUCUUUCCUGCAUCCUCGGCUCAUAUCAACAGCAGUUCCAGGGAGUACACAUCAGAAGGACCGAAGUCUUUAGUCGGCCGAGAUUUCCUGACCCUGAAGGACUUCCAGGCGGAGGAGAUCAAACAGUUGAUAUGGACAGCCAAAGACCUGAAGAAGCGAAUCAAAGAGGACAAGGAGAGGAUCCAGCCACUACUGGGCAAGUCUGUAUCCAUGAUCUUCCAGAAGAGGAGCACACGGACACGCCUCUCUACAGAAAUGGGAAUGGCCAUGUUGGGCGGUCAUGCAGCAUUCCUUGGGCCUGAUGACAUCCAUCUUGGCGUGAAUGAGACCAUCAAGGAUUCGGCCAGGGUGAUGAGUGGAAUGUCAGAUCUGAUUCUGGCCCGGGUGUAUGGACAGGAGGAUCUGGACAACUUGGCUAUGGAGGCCUCAGUUCCUGUCAUCAGUGGACUCUCGGAUAUGUUCCAUCCCCUCCAGACACUAGCAGAUUUCCUCACCUUACAUGAACACUUUGGCUAUCUGAGAGGAAUGAAGAUUGCUUGGGUGGGCGACGGCAACAACAUCACCCACUCCCUCAUGAUCGGUUGCAGCAAGCUUGGCAUUGACCUCAGUAUAGCUACACCAAAGGGCUAUGAACCAGACCCCAAAAUAAUUGAGUAUGCCAUCAAGUUGUGUGGUAAGCGUAAGAGUGACUUCAACAUGACCACGGACCCCCUGGAAGCUGUGUACCGUGCUGAUGUGGUCGUCACAGAUACCUGGGUCAGCAUGGGUCAGGAGGAGGAGAAGCAGAAACGCCUCAAAGACUUUGCUGGCUACCAGAUCACUCGCAAGAUGCUGAAGGAGGCUGGUGCCAACUGGGUGUUCCUCCACUGCCUGCCUCGCAAACAGGAGGAAGUGGAUGAUGACAUCUUCUACGACCCCAAUUCCCUCGUGUGGCAGGCAGCAGAAAACAGGAAGUGGACUGUCAUGGCUGUCAUGUUACAUCUACUACAGGACUACACUCCCUCCACUCCCAGGCCCAAGUUCAUACGAGGAGAGUGACACCAUGAUACAACACGACAUCUACUACAGGACUACACUCCCUCCACUCCCAGGCCCAAGUUCAUACGAGGGA